AUGAUGCAGAUGCUAGGCCUCCGCGGCUCGUCUAAGGACCGUGGCCGCCGGGGCGACGCGUCCCCGUCCUCGUCCUCCGCUGCGGCGGGGGCCACAGGGACCCCGCGCUCGCCGUGGAUCCGGGCGUCGGCAUCGUCGCCGCGCUCGCCGUUCGCGGCGGAGGCGGGCGGCGAGGGCGGGGGCGGCCGGCCGCUGCGGCUGGUGUACUGCGACGAGCGAGGCUGGUUCCGGAUGGACCCAGAGGCCGUGGCCGCGCUGCAGCUCGUCAAGGGACCCGUCGGGGUCGUCUCCGUCUGCGGCCGCGCGCGCCAGGGGAAGAGCUUCAUCCUUAACCAGCUUCUAGGAAGAAGUAGCGGGUUUCAAGUGGCAAGUACUCAUCGUCCCUGCACCAAGGGCCUUUGGAUGUGGAGUGCCCCAAUAAAGAGAACUGCCCUUGACAGAACUGAAUAUAGUCUUUUGCUACUUGACAGCGAGGGCAUCGAUGCCUAUGAUCAGACGGGCACUUACAGCAUUCAGAUAUUCUCAUUGGCAGUCCUACUAUCGAGCAUGUUCAUAUAUAAUCAGAUGGGUGGUAUAGAUGAGGCAGCCCUUGAUCGCCUUUCACUUGUUACUGAAAUGACCAAGCAUAUCCGUGUGAGGGCAAAUGGUGGGAGGUCUACUGCAUCUGAACUUGGGCAGUUUUCACCUAUUUUCAUCUGGCUACUGAGGGAUUUCUAUCUAGAUUUAAUGGAGAAUGGUAGAAAGAUAACUCCACGAGAUUACCUGGAAAUUGCACUGAGGUCUCUUGAAGGCAGAGGAAAGGACAUAUCUUCAAAGAAUGAGAUCCGUGAGUCCAUCCGUGCCCUUUUCCCCGAUAGAGAAUGUUUCACACUGGUGCGCCCACUGAACAGUGAAAAUGAACUUCAACGUCUUGAUCAAAUCCCACUUGAGAAAUUGCGCCCUGAAUUUCAAGCUGGACUGGACGAAUUAACAAGGUUUAUUUUUGAGAGGACAAGGCCUAAGCAAGUUGCUGGUACAAUCAUGACAGGACCAGUACUAGCUGGUGUUACACAGUCCUUCCUGGAUGCAAUAAACAAUGGAGCUGUGCCUACCAUUUCAUCCUCUUGGCAGAGCGUAGAAGAAGCAGAAUGCCGGAGAGCAUAUGAUUCUGCUGCUGAGGUUUACAUAUCAUCUUUCAGCCACUGCAAAUUAGCUGAAGAAGAUGCUUUAAGGGAUGCACACGAAACUGCUUUAAGAAAGGCACUUGAUGCAUACAAUACUACUGCUGUUGGAACUGGUACUUCACGUGCCCAUUAUGAGAAAGUUCUUAACAAUUUCUGCAGAAAGGCAUUUCAGGAUUAUAAAAAGAACGCUUUCUUAGAGGCGGACAAGCAGUGCUCAAACGCAAUACGCAACAUGGAGAAGAAGAUCCGAGCGGCAUGCACUGCUCCUGGUGUUAAAGUUUCUGCUGUGAUUCAGGUCCUCGAAACUGCACUUGCUGAAUAUGAAACAUCUUGUACUGGCCCAGCCAAAUGGAGAAUGCUUGCUGCCUUUCUAAGACAGUGUUUGGAAGGGCCUAUAUUGGACCUCUGCUUGAAGUUAAUAAAUGAAGCAGAAUCAGAGAGGACUUCCUUUACUUUAAGAUGUCGGUCAAAUGAAGACCAACUAGAACUUCUAAAGAAGCAACUUGAGGCCAAUGAUGCACACAAAUCUGAAUAUCUAAAGCGCUACGAAGCUGCUAUAAGUGAAAAACAGAGAGCCACUGCUGACCUUAGUGGUAAUCUUGCAAACCUGAGGACCAAGUGUAGCACAUUAGAAGAACGCUGUGUAAGCAUAUCUAAAGAACUUGAUCAUGUCCAACAUGAAUGCACUGAUUGGAGGGUGAAGUAUGAACAAUCUGUUUCUCAGCACAAGGCUGAACAAGAUAGAUUUGUCGCUCAGUUGGCGUCUCUUGAGUCUAGACAUAGCUCUGCAGAAGGAAAGUUGGGAGCAGCUCGGGAACAGGCAGCCUCUGCUCAAGAUGAGGCUGCAGAAUGGAAGAAGAAAUACGAAAUGGCUGCUGUGCAGGCUAAAACUGCAUUGGAGAGACUCGCAUCAGUGCAAGAACAAAUUAACAAAAUUGCACAAGAAAGGGAAAGUGCUAUAAGGGCAGAAUUUGCCUCACAUUUGGAGGAAAAGGAAGAGGAAAUAAGGAAAUUAGUUGCAAAGAUUAGAGAAGCAGAGAGUGAAGAAAGUGUAUUGACUGAGCACUUGCUGGCUGCGGAAUCAAAAACACAGGGCCAUAACAAGGAAACUGCAUGCUUGAAGGAUGAAAUCAAAGAACUAACAAGCAAGUUAGAGUUUCUGAGAGACAGAGCAGUAUCAUAUGAAAAACAAGCUAGAAUGCUUGAACAAGAAAAAAACCAUCUUCAAGAGAAGUUCUUAUCUGAAUGUAAGAAAUAUGAUGAGGCAGAACAAAGAUACAAGUCUGCAGAAAGGGAUGUGAAGAAGGCUAUUGAGUUGGCUGAUGCAGCUCGAACAGAAGCUAUUGCAUCCCAGAAAGAGAAGGAUGAGGCACAGCGGUUAUCGAUGGAAAAGGUAGCAGUUAUAGAGCGAGUUCAAAGACAGGUAGACAGAUUGGAGCAGGAAAAAGUCAAUCUAUUUGGCGAAGUUCAGAGAAUGCGUAAUUCUGAAUCUGAUGCCUGGUCCAAGGUUACCUUGCUUGAGAGUAGGGUUGCUGAGCGGGAGAAAGAAAUGGAUGAUUUACUGAGCCGUAGCAAUGAACAAAGGUCCAGCACCGUUCAUGUCCUUGAGAGUCUGUUGGCAACAGAACGUGCAGCUAGAGCUGAAGCCAAUAAGCGUGCAGAGGCCUUAUCUCUACAGCUACAAUCCGCCCAAGGUAAACUUGAUAUACUCCAUCAGGAGCUGACAUCGAUUCGUCUUGUUGAGACUGCACUUGAUAGCAAGCUACGGACCACUACCUAUGGCAAAAGGUUGAGAGAUAAUGAAGUACGUCUGGAUUCUAUCCAAGAUAUGGACAUUGAUCCUCCAGAGAGGAACAGAAAAAGAACCAAAAGCAACACUACCCCGUUGAAGCCUGUCCAAACUGAGGAUGGUGGUUCCGUUCAUAUGAGAGAAGACAGCGUUACAGUUAGCACGGAUGUAAAAGAUGGCAAUCCAGAUGGUUACAAAAAGUUCACCAUAGCUAAAUUGAAAGAGGAGCUAACUAAGCAUGGAUUUGGUGCGCAUUUGCUAGAGCUGAAGAAUCCAAACAAGAAAGAUAUACUUGCACUUUAUAAGAAGCAUGUUUUGUGCGAGCAAAUGGCCAUGUGA